AUGGAUUUUGGACAGUGCGAUGAUAAGGAAAACAGCGAGACUGAUGAGGAAAAUGAUAGUGAGCGAGAGUUGAACGAACUGAAGGAGAGAUGUAGAGUACAGGCUGAUGAACUAUGGAAGAAAGUAGAGGCAGCUGAGGCUAAAGAGGAUCAAGCAAAUGACGAAAGGAAAGAGGCUGCAACCAAUGAGGAAAGCAUUGAGAAUAGUAAGGAUGAUGAGAAAGUGGAGGCAUCUGAGUCUCCAAACAGUGAGCCUCGUUUUGAGUCUCCGAUCAAUGAGCCUCGUUUUGAGUCUCCGAUCAAUGAGCCUCGGGUUGAGGCAGAUAAAACUCCAACACCACCAUCUGGUGGUAGGACUAAGGCAAUGUCUUCGAGGAGAGUAAUUCAUUCACCACCAAAUACGUGGCCAGUAGUGGUGGAAGCCACGGAAAAAGCUAUUGAGAAAGCUGUGGAGUUAGAUAAAAAAACUAGUGAGGAAGCUGUGAAGGCAGAGGAAAAAACUAGUGAGAAAGCUGUGGAGGCAGAGGAAAAAACUAGUGAGACAGUUGUGAAGGCAGAGGAAAAAACUAGUGAGAAAGCUAUGGAGGCAGAGGAAAAAACUAGUGAGAAAGUAUCAGUAAUACUACUAUCCACAUAG